CCCCCUUCCCCGCCACUGUCAUUUCUCGAGAGCUCUCCGCAGAUCCCCAAAAACGCUCUAAAAAAGCUUUCGAAAGUUCAAUUUGAUGCCGGAGAACCCGUGGACUCCAUGACUUCGCCUCCAUUGUCACUCCUAGCAAGCAUUCUUGAUGGUCCAAAUGCCACCGAACUCCGACGGCUCUUGAGCGAGGUGCUCAUCACCGAUAUCGAAGAUCUAGAGGCCGAAAGCGCAACUUUGUAUGAGAUUUCGCGGGAAUACAGAACAGAGAAUGAGCAAUAUCUUUCUGAAAGGUUGCGCGCACCCGUGCUACGGUCUUCCGACUUCCAUCAAUCGGCGUUGAUAGACGAACUUUUGGCCAUACUGAAAGAAUUAAGGAUUAAUUCCAUACGAGAUGUGGACGACAUGCGCCAUUUAUUUGAGCACCCUGAUGACCUGGUCAGAGUGAAACAAAUCCUUUGCAAUCAACCGGCCAUUCUCAACAUCGCCCGCCGGCGUAGUUCUCCUCGUCAAUCAGCAGCCCUGUCAAAGGACCUCCGUUCGCUACACCUCCUUUCCUCGUCAGCGUUGCAGUCAGAGGACGGUCGUGGGCUCCUCAGGAAAAUGCAGAAAGCUCUCCUGGAGGAGAAGGGGGCUUUGCAAGAAUACGUGGAGGCCUUGAGAGAGAAUUUGGAUGCACAGCGGGACGUCAGGGUUGAAGCGGAAAGGAUGCAUGCAACAGCGCCAGUUUCUGUCGGUGAUUUGCAGGGAAUCCUUGGACGAAUAAAGAUUGAGUUAAAAGAGCAAUCACAGCGUGCCGCGGCAGAUGCCAUAGGUCGCAAUGCAGCUAAGGGAACAAAGCCUUUACGAGUAAAUGGCGCACCACUGGCGGCAAUCGAAAGACGUAGAAACGGAACUAAGUCCGCGGACGAGCUACAAAGCAUGUUUGCGGAAUUCAAUCUUCUCGACGCCUCCUCACCCUCCAUCGUCCGGCCGUCCACCACCACAUUCUCGAGCCCCGUCCCGCCUCCCAUCAUCAAAUCCUCGCGCCCCCGUUCCCAAUCCCGCCUCGUGAGAUUACCGCUUCCGGCUCAGCGAGAUACUAUCCCUUCCCCGCGGCCUCCUUCGGUGCCUGGUCACACCGACGGUCCAGCGCGACCGCGCAAUGUUCGCCUGCGGCGGGUAAUGCGGCGCGAUGAGCAGGCAAAUGAUGAUCCGGGAAGUCUGGGACAGGACCCCGGCCAUCUUCUCGCAAGAGACGCUCUGCCCCUUUUGCUGCUCUAAAAGGGUCGGGCAGUAGACAAAGGCAUGCAAGGGUGUUCAUGGCAUUUUGUGAACGCCGCAGAUUGUACCCAGUUGUAUAUACAUUGUCCAUUCAUAUCAUCGAGAAUCCAUCUCGCUUUCAUCUGAAAGGAGGCAUAGUUGAGGAUCCAUCAUUCCUAGCGUCUAGGGCAGUCUCCGCGAAAUAGCGAUGGAGCGUCGGGAUGUGGGCAGAUUCAGCCAGAACGCGU